CGCACGCCUUCCUUUCCUCCGUCUGCCCCGCCAGCAAUUGAUUCUUAUCGAUCUGCCCCCGGAUCACCAGUUUGCCCUUUCUCCGUCCUGUGACUGGCUGCCCGCUACUCUACUGCUCAACCGGUAUAAAGUCCCGCUCCCCUCGGUCUUAAUGAACCAUCUCCCGCCCGCUCUUCUCCCGUGGUCCUGCACUUGAACGACCCCCUGUUCCUUCCGUGUAUCCUCUACCCUACUCCGUCCCCUUUUCUCCACCGUUCCCUUCCGCCACGAUGUGCAACCUCAUCACCGAUGGCUACAAGUAUUCGUGCGGGCACUACAUUAUUGAACACAAGCUGAGCAAAAUAGACUGCAACAACCAGUACUGCAUCUACUCGAAGCAGCAUCGCAACCCCUGCCUGAACUGCUCCUGUGAUAGGUUCUACGGGCCCGAUGCGUCUGAGACCGUCCUCGGCGUCCGCAAAGACUUCUGCCCCGAGUGCAAGCCGUGGUACAGACGUGACGGUCGGUAGUACGCGUGGCUAGCGGCGCCCCCCCCCCUUACAUCAGCAUAUUUAUAUUCUAUCCCUCUCUAUUUACAUCCUACACUUGUUAUAUCGUCCCUGCAGAUGCUGCAUCGUCGCUCUCGAUCCGUCAUCGCUCUCGACAUCUCGUCAAAUCCCAAUUGUAUCAAUAUAAUUAUACGUACAUCCGCCCCUACAUAUUAAAUGAAUCUGUCGUGCGUUC